CGUCGUUACGUCAUUACGUCCUAGUCGAGGGCGGGCUUGGGAGCUUAAACAUCCAUUUGAGGUUAGCGCCCCCUGGCUUUGUGUGCAUGUUGCAAACAACCUUUUUGAAACAAACACUUGUUUCAAUGUGCGGAUAUAAAGACUAAUUACUUGGCUGCUCUUGGAUCAAACAGCAGAAGGGAGUGCGUAGAGAUCGCUAGCAUGCUAUGCUAACUAGCAUGCUAUGCUAACUAGCAUGCUAAGCUAAGAGGCGGAAGACUUCCGGACCCAGGAAGGAAGAUCGAAGCCAAAGCAGGCCUUUAAAGUCAUCAUUGCAGGUUUCCGUAGUUUCCUGCCGUCUUAGCCCCUCCCACUUUUCCCCUUCACUCUGAUGAGGAAGAUGAGGCGCAAAGGAAAACUGAGAACGAUUAUUUUCAUUUCUACCUCAGACAGUGAAGAAUGUCAGCAGCAGGAGCGCAACUCCAGGGUGGAAGCAGAGAGGCCACAGCUCCCCCACAUUAAAAUGGACGAAGAAGAGCAAGGUAUUAGUCAGGAGGGAGAGCCUCCUGAAGGACUGGAGGAGUUGCCAGUGGUCGGUGUCUCUGUGAAGAGUGAAAGUGAAAGUGAGGUGGAGCCUCCAAGCAGCAGUUCGGACUCUAAAAACGAGGCGAGGUGUGGCCCUGACGACGCACACUUUGAGUGCAACCAGUGUUACAAAACCUUUCUCGACCACAAGAAACUGAAAUCACACAUGAUCUGUCACACAGAAGAGAAACUAUUCAUGUGCUCAAUUUGUGGCACGAGAUUCUUUCGAAAGGCACACUUGACAACACACACCAGGAUACACACUGGAGAGAAACCUUUCACCUGUUCAGUGUGCGGUAAAAGUUACAAACGCAAUUACGACGUGAAAAUACACAUGAGAACGCACACCGGGGAAAAACCCUUUACUUGUUCAAUUUGCGGUAGAGGUUUCUCUCUCAAGCCCAAUUUGAAAACACACCUCAGGCUACACACCGGAGAGAAACCUUUUUCCUGCCUGGCCUGUGGUUCAGGUUUCACACACAACGUCCAGUUGCAAAAACACAUGAGGAAACACGCAGAAGACAAAUAAUUUGUGACCAGAGCAGAUCUGACAUCACACAUUGAAGACGAGCGUAUUGUAAGUUUGCUAAAAUGAAGAACAGGACUUCAUUUAAGAGAACAUCUUGGGAGAAACUUUUGACCAGUUGAGUGUUUCAGGGUCUGCAUGAAAAGAUGAUUUCAAAGUGAGUGCAGUCAAGUGAGUAAAUAUUUGAAUUGAUCGCAUAAUUGCUUUUUAAAUCAUCACAAGAAAUGAUUUGCAUGCAACUUUUAUAAAGUGUACGUGGUUAUCUUAUUUAAGAUUGGCAAAAUAUUAACCAGCAGAAAGGAAUAUGCAGACACCUGACUGGAAGUUGCUAUUUAAAGACAACACUGGCAGUAGGAAGGAAAGACCACAUGAUUGUCUACAUGGUGUAUAUCAGGGGUGUCCAAACUUUUUCCACUGAGGGCCGCACAUGGAAAAAUGAAAGCGUGCGGGGGCCAUUUUGAUAUUUUGUCAUUUUCAAACCAGAACAAAAUGUAUGGAUUUUUUAAUUUCACCUUUAAGGGUCCCGGGGACCAUAAAGGGUCUCAGUCAUUAAAAUGUUAAAGAUAAGUCAAAAUAUUAUUAUUUUUUUUUAUUUAAUGCUUACAAUAAAUCCCUAUAUCAACUUUAAGUUGAUAUAAAGUAAUACCAAACAAGGUUUUAUGGCUUUUCUGUCAAAAACUACUUUUUUUUUAUUUUUUAUAGUAAAACUGAAAUAUGCAGUAUUUAGUAAUUAAAACCCUGAAAGAUCAAUAAUGCAGGACACCAUUGAUUUGAAUUACUUUAUAUAUUUUGAGUAAUAACAGUGAAAAGAUAAAUAAAAUACCAAUAAAUAUAUUUGGGAUCCAAAGGGUGCGCCACUCAUAAAGUGAUACAUUUUUAUUAGGUUUUUCUUUUACUUUCAACACAUACAGGAUCAAAACCUAUCGAUUUUACAUUUGAACUAUUAUUUAGUUUGUUUUAUGCUCUUUUGUCAAAGAAAACUUUGAUGUGUUUAUAUGGCAACCACACAAUAUAUGCAAUAUUUACAGCACAAAACAUUUUUAAAGUGAAAUACUUGAAGUAAUUGAAGCCUUGAAAAUAAAUAUUUUUUUUGUCUUUUUUUUUGAGCAAUGGCAAAAAAAGAAAAAUAAAGAAAGACAAAAGAAAGACAUUGCAACAUUUUCUCCUUAGAUUUCACCCCAUUUCCCUUUUUUUCAAGUGUUCUUUUUUAUUUUUGCAAUAGUAUUUCCAGAAUGUGUGGCGGGCCGGUAAACAAUUAGUUGCGGGCCACAAAUGGCCCUCGGGCUGCACUUUGGACACCCUGGCCUACAUACAUGCAGGAUACAACACCAGCCUGGUUCCUUUCUACGUCUUUAAAUAGAAACCUGUUCCUGCUGACUGGAGAUAACAUGAACUGUGACAUUUCAUUAAAACCAACAGUUGGGUCUAAAUAUUGUUCUUUAACACAAAACAUGUUUUUUAAUUGCAUUUUUUUUUUUAAUAAAAUGUUUUUUGUAUUAAAUGUCAUGUAAAGUGGUGUAAAGAAACAAUACGGUGGUCUUUGCUUGCAUGGACCUGAGACCUGAUCUAAGAAGUGUGCGUUCAAUCCAGUUUGUGUAAAUAACAAGGAUGUCAUUCUGCCAAUAAUCAGGAUUCUUGGGUAAUGAAUCGAUUCAGAAUCGAUUCUCAAUUGAAUGUGAUAUUGUAGCGAAACGUUCAACAAAUUCUUAUCUCAAUCUGUGUGUCUGUAAUCUGAUUUACAAGUCUGUCUACUAACAUGUGUGUCUGUAUCUCAAUCUGUGUGUAAUAACAUUCACAUGUGUUUGGUAAAACAUGAAAAAAAUGUGUGUGUGUGUAAGUGUAAAAAAUCUGUUCACCUUUCCUUAUAUUCAUCACUAGUCGGUUACACAACACACAGUCACACAAAUCUAAAUACAGUCACACACUUUUUUUUACAGACGGACACAACACCAACACACAUGUAGAUCUGAUUACACACAGACUGAGAUAUGCAUGUCUUAAAUAGUUUUGCUAAAAUAAAUCGUCUUCUUCCGCUUAUCCGAGACUGGGUGGCGGGGGCAGCAGCCUGAGCAAAGACCAAAAGUCAAUAAUGCCAUAAAGAUUGUGAGUAAUUGCAUGAUUUAACACGUUUGAAUACACAGAAGCUGGGGGUGGGGAAACCUUGUUUCUGUUCAAUCUGCCAGGGGGAGUGUGUAGUUGUAACAACACACGCGGUGGUAGUUUGUAGUUGUCAUGCGUGUGAAGCAAGAUUCCAGCUAAAUAAACAAAAUAAAAGAAGCUCCGGGACUUGCAAUAAGUUGUGAUGGUUUUGAUUUUUUAACGUGGUCUCCAUGUUUGACAUGUGUGAUGUCAUUGUUGUGUUAAAAUAAA